AUGAAUGUUCUCUUACUUGGAGCCAUAGUGACUUUGUCGCUAUGGGUCACCUCUCAACUCCGAACCCUCAUCCGAAAUUAUCGUGCAGCAUCUGCCACUGGUCUUCCCAUUGUCAUAUGUCCAUAUGAUCCCGAUAGCUUCGCCUUCGCUGUCGUGUCUGAGCCUCUCCGACCUAUCCUAAAAGCUGUCUUCCCUGCUACCAUGAUAACGAUGUUUGAGGUGACGUGCUGGGGCUGGGAGUUCCACGACAAAGGUGCUGCACAUGAGCGCCUGGGACAAGCCUUCAUGGUCGUUACAACAGGACAUAACCGCCUCGUCUGUGCUGAUCCUGGCAUGGCGCACUCGAUCUUAGCUAGGCGUAAAGACUUCCUUCAUCCAGACAUCUCGUUGAAGACCAUGGGCUUGCUCGGCCCAAACCUAGUAACAAGCAAAGACGAGUCAUGGUCUCGCCAGCGCCGCAUUAUCGGCCCUGCUUUCAACGAGCGCAUCAGUGAUGCGGUUUGGAAAGAGGAUUCCCUUCCCGGCCUCCGCGCCAUUGCCAUCAACGUCCUCACUCAAGUCGCAUACGGCCGACACACAGCAUUUUCUAUCUCUUCGUCGUACCGUGAUUCAAAAAAGAGCCUUUCCUAUGUGGAUGCUAUCGCUUUGGUUACCGAUCUCCUCCUUGCAGCCGCUUUCGUUCCCUCCAGUAUCCUGAGACUACCCUUCAUGCCACGUCUUUCGAAAAGGCUCGGUCAAGCUCUGGUACAACUACCGAGCUUGACGACAGACAUGCUCUACCAAGAGCGUUCAAGGCUCUCUGAAGAUGGACAGAAUAAUAUCAUGACGACAUUACUCCGACUUUCAGACCAAGCCAAGGUAGACGACCGAAAUCAUGUGACAAUAUCUACUAGAACCGAGAAGAAACAGUAUCUCACAGAGAAUGAGAUUGCCGGCAAUCUCUUCAUUUUAACCGCGGCUGGAUUUGACACCACAUCAAACACAAUGUCAUACGCGUUGGUCCUCUUGGCCGCCUAUCCGCAGUGGCAGGCUUGGAUUCAAGCCGAGAUUGACGCUGUACUACGCGACCACGACAGGCACUUGGCACAAGAAGAAUAUGCGACAAUCUUCCCAAGACUAACGCGAUGCCUAGCUAUUAUGUUCGAGACUCUCCGCCUUUAUCCCGCAGUGAUGAGCAGCGUGGUUGCCCUACCAGGCGAGAUGAAGAAUGGAUACGAAUGGAGAAAGCCACUGGACUGGGCUGCAUGGCUCGCUACCAUUGCCAGUUUAGUCAUUGCAGCAGGUGCCGCGAGGCUCACCAUUAACCAGAUCAACGACGAUGCCGCGGCCAACCGAAAUGCCCACUCUUGCUCUUUGGCCUGGAGUACCGUGGGAGAUACCACGACCUUUCAGGGCUUUGCUUAUCAUGCCUCAGGGACCAAACUGGAUUGCAAAACCCUGCCUGGAAAAGGUGCCAUACUGUCUGAGGUCGAAAGAUGUGCCGAGCGACUCGGGAACAACGGUGUUGUCCAUGGUUGCUGCAAGCUUGAUCGCGGUGGCCCUUGGACUCUUCGUCUUAGCUCUGUACCGGAUAUACAUGUUACACACUUGGUUAAUUGCGGGGACGACUAG